GGGACGCGCGCAUGCGCGAAGGGACGCGGCGGGUGCUGGCGGAGCCGGGGCUGCCGGGGCUGUGGGCGCCAUGUCGGGCCGCUCGGUGCGCGCCGAGACCCGCAGCCGCGCUAAGGAUGACAUCAAAAAAGUGAUGGCGGCCAUCGAGCGCGUCCGCAGAUGGGAGAAGAAGUGGGUGACGGUGGGCGACACCUCGUUGCGGAUAUUCAAGUGGGUGCCGGUGGCCGACAGCAAGGAGAAAGAGAAAUCCAAAUCAAGCAGCAGUAAUGCUCGAGAACCCAAUGGCUUCCCAGCUGACACCUCUGCCAACUCCUCUCUCCUCCUGGAGUUCCAAGGUGCUGUUUCUGCAGAUGAGAACAGCAACCAGAGCUCCCUGUCAGAUGUCUACCAGCUCAAGGUGGACAGCAGCCCCAACUCCAGCCCCAGUCCCCAGCAGAGCGAGUCUAUGAGUCCUGCCCACACGUCCGACUUCCGCACGGAUGACUCACAGCCACCCACACUGGGGCAGGAGACGCUGGAAGAGCCCUCCCUGCCUUCCUCGGAAGUUGCAGACGAGCCUCCCACUCUCACAAAGGAAGAGCCAGUCCCCCUUGAGACUCAGGUAACUGAAGAGGAGGAGGACUCCAGUGCACCGCCUCUGAAGAGAUUUUGUGCUGAUCAGAACUCUGUGUGCCACACGGCCUCGGAGAGCUAGCCUGCCCAUCCCCGGGGAGAGCACCUUCGCCAGCCCCUCGCAGAGCCGCCUGCCCCCCUGGGGGGACAGAGCGCUCCCUCCGACCGCCCCUUCCCCGAGGACGGGUGCUCCUGCCGCUCGCCAUCCCGCCCUGCCCUGCCCCGCGCCGGGCAGGAGCCUCUGCCAGCCCCAGGCUUCCCCGGGCGCACGGGGCUGCCACCAGCACCCGCAAAUCUGCCUCUAUUUAUUGGCUCCCCCUCUCCCUGCUGAGCUGUACCCUGGCAGGGGGGUCUCGGGUGGGGGGCCUGGGGUUCUCUGCGGGGCUUCUGCUCUCCGUGCCCCCCCAGGGCGCUGGCAGAGGCGGUUUGCCUGCUUUUCACCGCCCUCCUCCCGGUGCGGGGGUGGCCGCCUUCCACGUGCCUCGAGUGAUUUGCCCUUGUGGGCCGGGGGGGAGCGGGUGGGGGGGCCGCUGGGACGCCGUGCAAUAAGCUGCUAGUGUAAGCCAUGAGUGUUGGGAGAGACGGGAGCGCUCCCCCCGCCCCCACCCCCGGAGACGGGGGACCCCUGCCCCGGCCUCGGUACCCCCCCGGCCCCACACGGG